CUGAAACUGUACAAGAACUCGAUUUUAAUUUGCAAUCUGCAGUUGAAGUAAUUACAAAUAGCAGUUUCCGUGUUACUGGUGUAUCUUCUGGAUGUGCAUUAUUUAUGCGGUUUAUAACAUUUGCUAAGUUGGAUAAUAUUACAGCGAACCUAAAUUUGUGGACUUCUCACAAUAGCGGACUACUUCUUAUUAAUGGAUAUUUUAUCGGGUCCCAGCAAAAAUAUACAUGUUAGAUAGGCCUUAAGUAUUUCUAACUUACUGGACCCUUCUAUACAACUGUAAUAUAUUUUUAAAAUAGUCAACAAGUGUAUAAAAUAAAUAUAAUUUAACAUUAGUCAAUAGUGACAAUAAUUAACUAUUUAAUAUACUAGAUAUUUUCUAUGAAUAUUAUUAAUUUAUGUUAUGGCUUCACUUAGCCUAUAUUGAAAUAAUUAUCAAUUAAAAAAGUAAUUAUUCAUAGUUACAUUUGUGAAUUAUAUAUAUAUAUGUGUGUGUGUACACCAUUAUGUCUUGUGGUAAACGAAAAAGACUAACUUUGGCACAAAAAAUUGAAAUUAUAAAAUUUGUGGAAGCAGAAAAUGUUGGAGUACGAGCAGUAGCAGAAAAAUUUAGUAUUGGUAAAACACAGGUUAGUGAUAUAUUAAAAAAUAAACUAUAUUUAUCACAAACAUUUGUGGAGCAAGGAAAUGACAAAUCAAAACGCAAAUUUCCUAAAUCAGAUGGUGAAAUAAUCGAUACAGUGAUAUAUCAAUGGUAUCUACAUGCUCGUGUCAACAAUUUGCCAAUUUCGGGUCCAGUAUUAAAAGAAAAAGCAUUGGAGUUAGCAUCAGAAGUUGGCCUCAAUGAUUUUAAAGCAUCUAAUGGAUGGUUGCAAAAAUUUAAAGAAAGGCAUCAAAUUUCUUAUAAAAAUAUUUAUGCAGAUCCUGCAUUAAUAAAAGAAUGUGUUAUUACAGAAUGGUUGAAUAGUGUGAAAGAAACUAUAAAAGAUUAUAAAGAAUGUGAUAUAUUUAACUGCGAUGAAACAGGUCUAUUUUAUCGAAUUCUCCCUGAAAAUACAAUGAGUUUUAUUAAUGAGGCUUGUAUUGAUGGAAAUUUAUCAAAGGAGAGACUGACUAUUAUGUUGUGUACUAACAUAGAUGGAGAAUUUGAAAAACCAUUGAUUAUAGGAAAGGUUGGAAAAUAUAAUUGUUUUAAAAAUAUUAAUAUAGACAACCCUGAAAUUGUUUGGAAGUCCAACACUAAAGCAUGGAUGACACGUAGCAUUAUGACUGAGUGGAUUUUAGAUUUUGAUUACAGAAUGACUCAAUCAAAAAGAAACAUCGUUCUUUUUUUAGAUAAUGCAAGUUCUCAUCCUUUGCUUAACAAUCUGCAAUCAAUUAAACUAAUAUUUUUUCCACCAUAUAUAUCAUCUAAUUGUCAGCCUUUAAAUCUAGGAAUCAUUCAAAAUUUUAAGAUGUUAUAUCGACAAUGUUUAUUAAAACAUCGGCUAUUAAUAAUGGAUAAUGGUUCUGGUUUAAUAAAUAGAAUUAAUGUGUUACAUGCAAUUCUUUGGAUAAAAUGUGCCAUUAAUCAGAUUAAAAAAUCUACAGUUAGAAAUAGUUUCAUUAAAUCUGGCAUCUUAAUCUCAGGUGAAAAGCAAUCUGAAGAUAAUCUUGCAACUAAUAAUGAUUAUAAAGCAUUGUUGAAUCGUUUGGUUGGUGAUGAUUCUAUUAAUUAUGCGGGAAUAGAUGACAAGCUAAUGACAGAAAAUCAAUCAUUAGAUUUAAUCAAAAUAAUGCAAGAAAUCAUUGACCCACAAAUCAGUGAUGAAGAUGAAGAUGAUACUGAAGAUGACACCUCAUAUCUUCUCAAUGAAGAUAUAGCUUUGACCAAUUUGGGUCAAAUUUCUGAGUCUAAUGAAAAGAAAAAAAAUUAAAAUUAAAUUAUUAGUUAAAAAUUAUUGUUUUUUAUUUAUUUUUAUCCUUCAUGUUGGCAAAUAGUAGAUUUUAAUAAAUUUAAAAGUUAAUAUUAUACAAUACCUAUUUAUACUUUUUAAUUUUUUGUAAAAUAAAAUAUAAAAUCUAAUUUAAAUUGUAUGUAAAUUAAUAAAUGUUAUGAGCAUAAGUUUUUACUAUGUUAAUGGAAUACUAUAAAGUUUGAUCUGACUUUUUGUUUGUAAAAUUUCAAUCUAAAAUAAUAUUUUAUAAUGAUUAAAAAUAUAUAACUAUUAAUACUAUAAAUAAAUAUACAAGUUGUUCUAUAGAAUAAUAAUAUAAAAUGUUAAUGUAACUAAAA